AUGUCCACUGAUAGAGAAUGUGCACAAUGCAACUGGGUCAUGGACAGAGAUGACGUAGAUCUCACCGUAGCAACCAUGGUGAGCGACAUCCUUCAGCAGUACUCACGAGAUCCUCAUAAAACUCACGGUACAAACCGCUCGGGGAGCCCCUGCUCGACUCAGGCGUCUGUUCCUCUAUCCGAGAUUACUGGCUCAGAAGAAGAAGCCUCUCUCCGGCCCAUUGCUCACAGAUUAGGAACUGUUCCCCGUCCUGCUUCAAUGAAUGCAGUUGCAGACGUGAAGACGCGUCUUAAAGAGUAUAAGCAAAGGGUCAACCACCUGGAGGCAGAAAUUCGCAACCUGGAGCAGACACUCAUCGACGAGCGCACCAAAGCAUCCGUAUAUCAAAUGGAACAAGAACAGCUUAUUGCUACCAUGAAGGAGAGCUUUAAGCAAGAGAACUUGAAGCUGCUGGCGUCCAACAAGCAAAUUGUAGAGAAGCUCCUUGCAGAAAAAAAGGACCUGGCCGACAAGUAUGAGGAGCUGGCCAAUGAUCUCCACAAAGCCAAGCUUGAGCAGAUGGGCAACGUAACGGCUGCCUCUGAAAACGAAAUUCUCAAGACGCAGUUAGAUAAGCUUAAGCAAGAACACGUGUCACUAAAGGCAACCUUCGAUGAGCAACUUGAGAAGGCCAAACACAGAAUCCAAGUAACUGAAAGCAAGAAGCGAAAGCAAGCUGUUGAAGAGGCCAUAGAGCAGACCAAGCAUACGCUAGCAUUAGGAUUAGAGCCAAAGCUCCAGGAGAUGGACCUAGCUCAUAAGACAGAGACAUUAAAGCUCACAGCUGACCAUGAAACAGCUCUCCGACGGCAAAAGCAAGACCUGACUCUUCAGCACGAAGAAGCCUUGGCAAAGCAGCGUACAGAAAUUAUGAAGCAAACAGCAGAGGAAAUCGAUCAACUCCGCGAAGAGAUGCAACAGAAAAUCAAACGAGUCAAGGCAGAGUUACAGCAUGAACACAGCCUAGAACUAGAGACCAUCAAAAAGAAACUGCAAAUGGAGCACGAUGUGUCUGUCAGCACAGAGCUUACCAAGAUGCGCGGCCUUCUCAACGAAAAAACAUUAGAAUGCGACAUACUCAAUGACAAAUUGCAAAAGUUGAGUGCAGAAGCUCAGAAAUCUAUAGAGCAGCUCAAGCUAAGCUACAUAUCUGAGGUAGACAAGUACAGAGUUGCCUAUGCAAAUGAGGUUUCAGUGAUUAAAACGCAGUACAAGGAGCUAGCAAGAACACUCUGGUUGCAGAGUAAGCCAGAGAUGGUGGAGCAGGUAAGGACGGAGCGCGAUAAGAUUCUCAAGUCCAUGGCAAAGACAUGGGAUGAGAAGAUCGAAGCAGCUCGGCUGCAAGAGCGCACGGUGGUGACUGAAAAGGAGGCUGAGAUAGCUACAAAGGACGCGAGGAUUAAAGACUUGCAGCUACAACUUCUCAACGCUGAGGUAGAAACGAGCAAAUGUAAUGCAGAGCGGGAGGCUUUAACUGGUAGAAUUUCUCACCUUGUUAAUGAAAAGGAUUCUUUCAUGACUAGGCAAUCCUAUAGUUAUGCUAGGCUGCAGAUGAGUGUGGAGGACUAUCGCUGUCGAGCAAUUCGCCAGCAAACCAGACGGCGCGACUUCGAGGCCAAGAUUAAGAACAAGGUGCAGGAGAAGCUUCUGGCCAUUGCUCAGGAGAAAGACACUCUAAUAGCACAACUCACUGAAGCCCUGGAACUAGAACAGCAGCGCUCCGCCGAGUAUGUCGCACAGCUUGCUCAGCUGCAGGAGCUGACAAAUGCCGAGUGA